AUAUCCGAAGAUUUUCUAAAAACAAUAAUAUCUAUAAGGCUAAAACACCACCGGACUAGAGAGAGGAGAGAGAAAAAAUGGCGGUAGCUUCGUCGUUGCAGUUCAUUCAAUCUAACAAUCUGCUUCUUCCUCGUCCUCAACCCCUCAACACUCUCAAAGAUUACAAAAUCUCAAGUGCUAUCUGCUGCAAGAACGCUCAAAUUUCAAGCUGUGCUCCCAUUCAAGAUGAAGCUCAAAUUAAAAGAAGAGAGGCAUUGUUUCAGACAGUCUUUGCUGCUUUUUCUUUACCUUCGAUUGUUCCACUUGCAAUUGCAGAAACUGCUGUGGCUGAGGAAUAUCGCACUUACUCUGAUGAUGUCAAUAAGUUCAAGAUAUCGAUACCUCAAGAUUGGGAAGUAGGUACAGGAGAUGGCAACGGAUUGAAGUCAGUGACUGCAUUCUACCCUGCAGAAGCUUCUUCCUCUGGUUCAAGUGUGAGUGUUGUAAUCACGGGUCUGGGUCCGGAUUUCACCAAAUUGGAGUCUUUCGGGAAUGUUGAUGCUUUUGCGGAGAAUCUGGUCAGUGGAUUGGACAGAAGCUGGCAGAGGCCGCCAGGUGUAAAAGCAGUACUCCUUAACUCUAAAUCAUCCAAAGGCUUUUACUUCAUAGAAUACACCUUGAAGAAUCCAGGUGAAAGUGAGAGACAUCUUUUUUCAGUGCUUGGUGUUGCAAACAAUGGUUGGUACAACAGAUUGUAUACCCUCACAGGACAGUUUGUUGAAGAGGAUGCAGAAAAAUAUGGUUCAAAAAUCCAAAAGGUUGUUUCAUCCUUUCGGUUCAUCUGAAAAAGUAGACACAGGGUUUUGUAAUCUAUGACUUAUACCAUGACGAAAAGUUCUGUAGAGUGCUUGCACAUCACGGAGGCUCGAAGUAGUAUAAUUUUCCCAAGGUAUUGCGGUGAAGCUCUAUCGACGAGUGAACUAUGUCUAGAAGUGCUAGAUAAGUUUGUACAGAAGCAAAUGCUGAACUUCAUAUUUUUGAAACUAAUAAUGUAAUCCUCUUCAGUUAAGACCUAUCCAAAGUUCAAAUUAAAUAUUCCUGAGUUCAUACUGCAUGCUGGGUUUUGUAGUUCA